GUGUGUGAGUGUGAGAGGGAGAGAGCGUGUGCCUUGUCAGAGCUCUGUGUCCGUGCUCUCCUGCGGUGAUCUGGGAGUUGAAGGAAGAGGCAGAGGGCCCGUGUGUCUGAGAGAGAGAGAGAGAGAGAGAGAGUGUGCGUGUGUGAGAGAUAAGAGUCCCUGAUGGAUUAGCUGUCAGUUCAGAGCGUAUCCCUGCUCAGGAUGCACUGCAGUUACUCACAGUCCUGCAGCAGACCCUCGACGUGCGACACAGAGAGAGAGAGAGCAAGUACUGCGCUGCCCGUGGGAUCCCUCCAAGCAGAGAUGCUGACAGUUCACGAUGUGGCACCCCUGUACCAGACGGACUUUGUGAGGAACGCCCGGGCAGUAGCUGCCCUCUGGGCUGUCUGCACGCUGUGCCUGGCCUUGCUGGAGGUGGUGGUGCUGACUGAACCGGACUGGGUCCAGGCCCCAGGCUCCGGCCUGGCCCCCUCAGGCUCCUUCGGCCUCUUCCAGCUGUGCCAGCAGACUGAAGGGCCACCCCGGUGCCAGGGCUCUCUGGCCGCCCUCUCCCCGGUGCCCUCCUUCCGGACGCCGGCUGGAUUCGUGGGCGCCGCCCUGGGCCUGGUCCUGGCCAGCAUCUGCUGUGGCUUGGGCCUUUACCGCUGCUGCCACCCGGCCACUGUCUACAAGGUGUGCGCCUGGCUCCAGUUCUCAGCUGGUACGCUGCACCCACGCACUCUCCCCACCGCCUAAACAUCUGGGCAGGAAAGCUCCAGGCUUCAAUCUCGGCCUACUUCCUGUUAUUGCCACCCCUGUCACCUGCCAUGGCACUGGGCAUAAAUCACUGGGCAUGAAAAGUUCAGGCUUCAAUCUCGGCCUACUUCCUGUUAUUACCCCCCCCAAUAUAAUUUGCUGUGGUACUUGGGCAGGAAAACUCCAGGCUUCAAUCUCGGCCUACUUUGAGUUAUAGCUUCCUCUGUAACCCGCCAUAGCACUGGGCGUAAAUCACUGGGCAUGAAAGGUCCAGGCUUCAAUCUCGGCCUACUUCGAGUGAUAGCCUCCCCUCUACCCUGCAUUGGUACAGACCAUAAAUCACUGGGCAGGAAAGCUCCAGGCUUCAAUCUCGGCCUACUUCGAGUGAUAGCCUCCCCUCUACCCUGCAAUGGUACAGACCAUAAAUCACUGGGCAGGAAAGCUCCAGGCUUCAAUCUCGGCCUACUUCAAGUUAUAACCUCCCCUCUACCCUGCUAUGGUACAGACCGUAAAUCUCUGGGCAGGAAAGCUCCAGGCUUCAAUCUCGGCCUACUAUGAGUUAUAGCCUCCUCUACAACCCGCUGUGGUGCUGCGCCUUAAAAUCUGAGCAGGAAAGCUCCAGGCUUCAAUCUCGGCCUACUAUGAGUUAAAGCCUCCCCUCUACCCUGCUGUGGCACAGGGCAUUAAAUCACUGGGCAGGAAAGCCCCAGGCUUCAAUCUCGGCCUACCAAUCCAUUGCACUGUCGGAGGCAAGGGAAUGGAUCCCCCCAGGCUCGGUCUUUGGGCCUAGCCGAUCUCUCCCGGGAAAGUCGGGUGAAGAGAGGGACCGGGGAGGGUUUGGGGGCGGUACCCAAGCCACACGUGACUCCUGUCGAUGCCCACCCAGCCCAAACAGGUCCGGAGAUGCAACACAAAUGGGAAA